AAGUUCUCCUGAAAUGUAAACAAACAGUUUGUACCUGUACUGAAAAGAAUUCUGGAAUGCUUUCAUGCUCUUAUCGGCGAUUAUCAACAUACAAACACAUACUUGUAAGUUUCAUUUGACUGAAAAUCGCAUCUAUUCGCGAUUGAUUUCAAUCAGUGUAGCAACAGCAUCCUCAACGACGAGAUGACGACUUCUCCGGCCAUGAUUCUGUACUACGACGAGGUCAGUCCACCGGUUCGGGGCGUCCUGCUAGCGAUUGCAGCACUCGGUGUGAAGGACCGCAUCAAGCUCGAGUACAUCGAUCUCUUUAAGGGUGGCCAUUUAAGUAGCGAUUAUCUUAAGAUUAAUCCACUGCACACGGUCCCCGUCCUACGGCACGGUGAUUUAACGCUUACCGAUAGUCACGCUAUUUUAGUGUACCUGUGCGAUACCUUUGCCCCACCAGGGCACAUGCUAGCCCUGCCCGACGCACUGACGCGCGCCAAAGUUUUCAACAUGCUGUGCUUCAACAACGGCUGUUUGUUUCAGCGCGAUGCGGAAGUUAUGCGUAAAAUCUUCAGCGGUGCCAUUACCGACCCAUCGCAGCAUCUCAAACCGAUCGAGGCAGCGAUCGAUGCGCUGGAGCAGUUUCUGCAGCGAUCGUGCUACACCGCACACGAUCAGCUUUCGGUGGCAGAUUUCGCGAUCGUCGCGACACUCAGCACGGUGGCCAUUUUUGUGCCGCUCGUGGCGGAUCGUUGGCCGCGGGUAUGCGAGUGGUUCGCGGUGAUGGAAGCGCUGCCAUACUACAACGAACAGAACCGUGUUGGGUUGGACAUGUUGCGCAAACAUUUAGCGGGAAAGAUUAAGCUGUAGAACACGCUUCUCAAACGCUUCUAUAUUCAUCGUAGGAUUUGAUUUCAGUGCACUUGUUUUUGAUGUUUUAUGUUCUCAUUCUUCUUUAUUGUGCUUGUAUCGGUGCCUUGAGAAUCUCUGUGGGUGAGAGUGUUGCCGAUCUUCGCUUUCGCUGCGACAUACACACUCGAUACGUUCUGGAUGUUUAAUUUACAGUUUACACGACACAUUCGCGGAAGCGGGAAGGAGUGUAAUAAUUUUGUGAGAAUCUACGCUUCGCGAGGAUCACACACCUGGCAGGCAAGUGUGUGAACUGUUAUAAGUUAUCAGAGUAUCAUUUGUUCCACGGAGUUUGCGUUGCUUCAUACAGCGUUUGCUGCGCGUGUGGUCGUACCAUCAUCCCCUUUCUACCAGGAUUUAAACUUUGUUAAUGUUUUUUACGGCAUGAGUAAUAUAUUCACUUUAACAAUAAUCCGACAAAUCUUGUCCGACACAAUUAUUCAACAUUUAUCUAUUUCAACAUGACGCACACAUUUCAUCUCGUUGCCGCGUUUUUGCCGGCUGGAUCCUUCCAAUUGAUACCGGAUUUCUUCACAGUUCUACGCAAUUUUUGCUGCUACAUAGUUAAUUUCGUGAUCAAGAUUUGUUUUCUUCGAUGAACUUGUGAGAAAAAAGGGAAAAAUAAUAAAUGAAAAAAAAAAAACAAAUAAUUUGUCUCCUACCAUUUCUCUCUAUCCAUUCUGUGACGUUAGAUUUAUACGCAUUUAACUUCCAUCCACGAUGUCCACGUGAUGCAUGAAAUCUUCGUGUAUCUUCUCCUAAGCCUCCCACCAGCCAAACGCGAACAUCGUUCGAGCGCUUUGAAACAGGUUUAGUACAUUAGUAUUAUUUACAAGCGGAAAUUCUAUUCCUUCUGCGUUAAUUCAUUCCUCUUUCUCUGAUGUCAAAGACAGCAUGCGGUUUGCAGCUUUUUGUUUUUGUCUAAAUUCAUUACGUUAUGUUCAUGCUAAUUCCUUCUAAGAGUCUCUCUAUUAAAGUUGUUUCAACACUGCGUAAAUAUAUGUAUAGAUAUAUACUAUAGCCCUACUCUGUCUGUUUAACACAUCAUUCUAACACGCCGGCCAUCUCUCUUCCAAGAAGCAGGUAAUGGCUUGAAAAAUAUAAUCUAAAAAUAACAAAAAAUACACAAAAAA